UAUUUAAUCUACCGCGUGUCCGCCCGCCAAGCCAGCUUCUACGCACAUUAUAUAUAAGCCAGCAAGCAGCAACCACUCUAACCUUGUCACUUAGUCAUGAAAAGGAGCAGUGAAAGUCUUCUUGAAAAGAAUAUUGCUCACAAAAAUGAGAGAGAUUGCAUUAAUGGACUUUGCUCUGACCUCAUUUCCAUUAUUCCUCCUCAACAUAUUAUCCGUCCCUCCAAGGGUAUAUUAUCUCAAGCUAAUAAGAUUGAACAAGCAACAGAUUACAUAGUGAAGUUGAGGGAGAGAGUUGACAACUUAUCAAAGAGAAAGGAGGAACUACUACAAAUGACGGUUAACGACGAAGAAGGGACAUCAUCUAAUGAACCAAACACUACUGCUUCAGAUAAUUCUGACGCAACGAUGUCGAAUUCGGGAUUAUCAUUACCUAUUAUCAAAGUUGAAGACUUGGGUAGUUGUUUAGAGGUGCAACUUAUGUUGGAAUUGGAACAUAAUAUCAAAUUACAUGAAGUGAUUAGGGUUCUUGAGGAAGAAGGAGCUGAAGUUGUCAAUGCUACUUUUUCUAAUAAUACUGGGAAUAUGGCUUUGCACACUCUCCAUUGUAAGGUACUUGUAAUUUUUAACUCUUUUGACUUUUUUUUUUUUAAUUAUUUAUUUAUUUAUUUAUUUAGUAAAGAGAUCCUGCCUAGACUUUAACCCUCACGAUUUUUUUAAUUCAGUAUUUACGGGUCAUACAUUUUUUUAAAUGAUACAAAUUAAAGUCAAUAUUAAAAAAAAAAAAAAAAUCCCUACAGUCCAUAGUGUUGACCGUGAAGUUGGGUCAUGAAAGUCGGGCCUAUACCAAUCAACCUCCAGUGCCCCAUUCUUAAAUUUCUAGUCAUAAAUAAAAGAGAUUAUUGUUAACUUGAUGGAGAUCGUAUGAAAAUCAUGUCAUUUUCAUCUUCUGUAACCAGUAGUGGACAUAUUUGAAUGUGCAAUAGACCAAUAGUGACUACUUUUGACUAAUGAGAAUAGAUAGGAAUCAUAGGAUAUGUUGUCUCAAGCUAAUAUACCCAUUUAUAUGAUAUGUUUUACCAAAAUACUCACAUUUUUUGUAUGAGAAAACCUACCAUUUUUAGAAUUACAUUAUCACAAAUUUUAAUUUUCUCUUACAAUUAUU